AGAGACAUUUGUAUUGAUUGAGGUUAUUGUCCAUCAUUGCUCUUGCGUAUUGAAAUCUGCAUCUGAAAUAUUAACUAUAAUCAGGCAGAAGGCAUUACACAACACAAAUUAAGGAGCUGAUUUAUGUAAAUAAAAACCAUUUUGACUUAUAAAGUAUCAAUAACAUAACAGAGCUAGUAAUCUGGAAUUGCUUCAGGGAUUGGCUGUGGUGAGUCUAAGUGUUAUAUGUCACAUGGGUCAUUCCUCCUGUAUGAAAUAUGAGUGACAGGGCAGGCAAAAGUAAGUGCAAUACAUAUCAGUGACAACAAUAAUAAAAGAUGUGAACAACAUUCCAGCCACAAAAUUAAUUUUACUGUAGGUUUCUUAUUCUAGCCUUACAUGAGGAGUAAGUAUGGUUCUUAGAAAAAAUUAAACUGAGAGAAGCCCUGAUAUGUACUGUUUAAAUGGAUUCUGAGGGAAGAGAGCAAAGCCAUUAGGUGUUGCUGGUAUAUAAUACAAUAUAAACACUAAGCAGCCACUUCUUUCCUAGUAAAGCAAUAUAUUACACAGAAUUUCCUCUGAAGAACUUGUUUUAUGUUGUAUGGAAAUGUUGGUCUUUACAGGUGACUGCAAAUGAAACAUAACAUAAGCUGAUAUUCUCUUACUUUUAGCUUCUGCAUAUAUAAGAGAAAAUUAGUCAAGAAUGGAGCAUUCAGAAAAAUAUAUGUUCAAAUAUAAAGGGAUUUAUUUCUACACUAAGUAUGUUACACCUGAAUUAAUUGAUUCACUGGAGGAGUUUGAAAUCCGAGUCAGUGAUGUAUUCCUAAUUACGUAUCCCAAAUCAGGAACUGUGUGGACACAGAAUAUUUUGAGCUUAAUUUUUCAUGAAGGCCAUCGGGAUGAAACAGAAGACAUUCACGUAAUAGAUCGAGUCCCAUGGCUGGAGUACAAUUUGAACAAAUUGGAUUAUGCCAACCGUCCUUCACCUCGUCUCUUUACCACCCACCUGCCUUACUAUUUAGUUCCAAGAGGUCUGAAGAACAAAAGAGUAAAAGUUAUUUAUGUUGCCAGGAACCCAAAGGAUGUGCUGGUGUCCUAUUUUCAUUUUUCCAAGAUUGUCAUCACCCCUGACAAUACCCCAGAUUUCAGUAUUUUCUUGGAGAGGUUUUUAGCUGGGGAAGUGCUUAGUAGCUCAUGGCUGGAUCAUGUCAGAGGCUGGUAUGACCACAGGGAUGAUUUCAAUAUCUUCUUCCUGACUUAUGAAGAGAUGAAAAAGGAUCUCAGAGGUGCCGUGUUGAGAAUCUGCGACUUCUUGGGCAAGGAGUUGAGUGAAGAUGACCUGGAUACUGUGGUGAAGAAAGCUACAUUUGAAAAUAUGAAGAAGGAUCCCAGGGCCAACUAUGAGACCCGGCCAGGUGUUCGGCUGGAGGAAAAGAAGUGUUUUCUUCGCAAAGGUACUGUUGGAGACUGGAAAAACACAAUGACAGUGGCACAGAAUGAGAGGUUUGAAGAGGUUUUAAAGGAGAAAAUGAAAGACCUGCCUUUCAGCUACAUCUGGGAUAAUGAAGAAGCAAUCUAAGCUGAUAUACCAUAUGCAAAGAGAGAAGUGGGCCAAGGAGAAUAACAAUAUUUUUGUUUCCUGUAUAAAAUGUUUAAAUUACAGUGGUUUUGUACAAAUUAAAGAUACAGAUCCUAUUGACAUUUAUAACCAUGGUAUCAGAGUUCUAGGAUGUCAAAAGAUGUUACACAAAAACAGAUUUCUUACAAUUUAUUUAGCACCUGGCCUCUCCCCCCCCCCCCCCUUUUUUUUUUUGCGCGGGGGGGAAGAGGGCAGGUGGAAAUGAAUUGUAAG